AGAUUCAUAACUCUUGACACUCCGGUGACCGCGAGUCUAUCGCGCCUGGUUCAUUCAUAUUUUUGGCUGGAGAGGCGGAGAGAACCUUUCUCCAAAGGGAUUAACAUACAGUCUGCUUAAAAGUAUCCAAAUUUUCUGCAGUCAAAUGAGGAAAUGGUGGUUGAUCCAUUUAUUCCUAUUGAUGACAGCCUGUACUCCAGGCUUGAACGCGGCGAAAGGUGGUGGUGGAAGAAGGGGCGGCAGGGGACGUGGAAGAUUGUACGGUUCGCGUAUGCCAAUCCUAAUUCCACACCAAAACACCGCCAGUACUAAUUAUUACGAGAACAAAGAUGGGGCUAAAAUUGUGAAGGCUUCGCAUUUCGAGCUGGACUACAUGCUGGGAAGAAAAAUAACUUUCUUUUGCAUGGCGAGGGGUUUCCCAAGGCCAGAAAUAACUUGGUUCAAAGAUGGUAUCGAGCUCUAUCACCACAAAUUCUUCCAGGUGCACGAAUGGCCAAUGGGGAAUGACACGAUGAAGUCAAAAAUGGAAAUUGAUCCUACGACACAGAAAGAUGCCGGUUACUACGAAUGCCAAGCGGAUAAUCAGUAUGCCGUUGACAGACGUGGAUUCAGAACAGACUAUUGACCCAAGAGGCAAAAUACAUAUUGUUUCAAAAUUCGCACAAUGAAGAAAAAUUGCCCUACGUGAGAUAAACGCGCAUACAGAAUUGCGACGUGUGGAGAAUGAUUGAAUUUUGUAAGACUGAUUCGUUCCAAUUACUAGAUUAUUCGUGUUUAAAGUGUUUCAUCUGAUUUACAGUUAAUUUGUAUUUUCUGUGGUUAAUGUGAUUAAACUCUGUUAACAUAAUUCAAAUUCAAAAAUUAUAUGUAAUGUACGUUAUUCAAACAAUUCAAAAAUAUGGUACUGCAAAUACUAUAAACCAGCUGCAUUUGUUUACUUUUAAAUAAUUAAAACUGUAAUCAAACAA